UGUGGAAUAAAGGUUCAUGCAUUCGUUCGGUCAAGGGGCUCCGAGUCACUUGUGUAGACGCGGCUAGCGUCUGUCAGCACCCCACGUCGUACAUGGUGUCAGAAGUGGUCGCCGUUCGCUCUCCCUAAUGGCGAACAAGCCGGACGCUGCUGUGUUUGUCGGGGUACCUGGACUCCAACAGCCAUCGAACUUCGACUUCGCCGACCCAAGUGCAUGGCCUACCUGGAUUGAGCAGUUCGAGGACUAUGCCUACGCUACAGGAUUGCACCAAGCUACCGACGAGGUUCGGGUACGAACGCUUCUUUAUUGCAUGGGUGUUCAAGGUCGACGCGUGCUGGCGUCUUUCAACUUGUCGGCCGAAGAAGUUCAGUCGUACAGCGUUGUUAAAAGCAAGUUCACCUCGUAUUUCGUGCACCCGCUAAACGAAGUUCACGAGAGUUAUCGUUUUCACAAGCGGACGCAGCAAGAAGACGAGAGCGUCGAUGCCUUUUAUUCCGCGUUGCGAAACAUGGUAAAAAGAUGCAACUACGGCUCAGCGUCCACUGAGGACAGGCUCGUUCGAGACCGAUUUAUUGUUGGUCUGCUGGACAGCAGGUUAUCGGAGCAACUCUGCCGUACUUCUGACUUGACUCUCGACAAAACGCUUCUGCAUGCACGGCUCCAUGAAGAUGCGGAACGAGAAAAACGCGAACGAGAAAGCCAGUUAUCUGGGCCAGUCGCCGUGGAUGUAGCGAAACACAGGCCAACGAGAAGGCCGUCGCGUAUUCAAGCGUCGACAGCAAGAGAAACGCUCCUCGCCGGCGCGCACAGAUCGUGUCACUUCUGCGGACGAGAUGAGCAUCAGCGGAAAUUUUGUCCAGCCAACAAAGCUGUUUGCAAGUUUUGCAAAAAGAAAGGACACUUCGAAGCAGUUUGCUUAGCCAAACAGCGCACGCAAAGCCGACAGUCACAUGCCAUCGAGAUGCAUGCUGUCAAGAGCAGUCAUGAGGCAAAGGCUAAGUUUGUUUGGGUCCACGUGAAUGGAGUCCCACUCAAAUUCAAGGUCGACUCAGGAGCAGAAGUUACCGUCGUUCCAAGCACUUUUUCAGGAGUACCGUCGCGACUCGAAAAACCGGAGGGUCUUCUCACCGGUCCAGGAAAUUACCCUUUGAAAGUAACAGGCCAAUUCACAGCUACGUUGGAGUGGAAGAGCCGCACCUGUGUACAGUCAGUGUACGUCAUGCCUUCACAGUCUACACCUCUACUAGGCUACCCUGCUAUCCUCGCAUUGGGAGUCGUGAAGUUCAUCGACGCCGCACAGCGACCUGAAAAGCAAGCUAGCUCUGCAAGCGACGCAACCCCAGGCCAGGACAUCUUCGAAGGGCUUGGUACUGUAGGGGAGGAGUACACUAUUCGACUCAAGCCAAAUGCCAGGCCAUUUGCUCUCAGUGUACCUCGCAGAAUUCCCAUUCCUCUGUACAACCAGGUAAAGGAGGAGCUGGACCAGAUGGAAAAACAAGGUGUCAUCAGGCGCAUUACGGAGCCGACGCCAUGGUGUGCCGGUCUGGUCGCAGUACCGAAGGCAUCAGGAGGAAUCCGAAUAUGUGUGGACUUAACAAAGCUCAACAAAGAAGUUCUCCGUGAAAAGCAUGUGCUUCCAACGGUCGAAUGGGUACUCGGGCAACUGGGCGACGCCAAAGUGUUCUCAAAGCUCGACGCGACAGCAGGAUUUCACCAAGUGCGAUUGUCCCGAGAAUGUCAAGAGUAUACCACAUUCAUCACACCAUUUGGACGCUACUGCUACUGUCGUCUACCUUUUGGCUUGACUUCAGCACCGGAAUAUUUUCAGAGAGAAAUGGCUCGAAUUCUGGAGGGUCAACCGAACGUCGUCAACAUGAUAGAUGACAUUCUGGUUUUUGGCAAAGAUCGAGAAGAGCACGACAAGCGACUUGUGGAGGUGCUUGAACGUCUAAAGACAGCCGGAGUUAAACUCAACAAGUCAAAAUGCUGCUUCGGUCAAGACAAAGUAGAUUUUCUGGGUGUGGUGAUCGACGCCAACGGUAUCUCGCCAAGUCCCAGCAAACUCGAGGCACUGCGCAACUUGGAGCCACCUAAGGACGUCGCCGGGGUUAGGCGAUUCCUCGGCAUGGCUAAUCAUAUUGGUCGCUUCCUGCCCAACCUUUCGCAAGCAACCGCCCCUAUUCGCGCUUUGCUAGGUGAGAAAAAUGCAUGGCAAUGGGGACCGCUUCAAGAGACCGCUUUUAAUCAGGUAAAAGCGAUGCUCACCUCGGACCUGUGCGUCGCUAAGUAUCAUCCCUGUCGUAAUACCAUUGUCUCAUGCGACGCGAGCUCAUUUGGAUUGGGCACGGUUCUUCUGCAGGAACAACCAUCAGGUGAGCGACGCGCGGUAGCGUUCGCAUCCAGGUCGCUUACUGAAGCGGAAAAGCGCUACAGCCAAACAGAGAAAGAAGCGCUGGCGGUGGCAUGGGCAGUGUACCGCUUUGACCAAUAUGUGCGUGGCCUAAACUUCACGGUAGAAACCGAUCACCAGCCGCUGGUGACACUACUUGGAAACGCUGACUUGGACACGAUGCCCCCCCGUAUUCAACGGUUUCGCAUCAAACUUAUGCGUUACCAGUUUAGCGUGGUCUACGUUCCGGGCAAACAGCUAGCCACUGCGGAUACUCUUUCAAGGGCUCCGGAUGAGAAGCCGUCGACCAGUGCGGUGGAUGUGGUAGAGGAGUUUGUUGAAUUUCAAGUUGCUACUGUCACAGACACGAAGCUGGUUACUGUAGAUGAGGUUCGCAGGCACCAAGAACUGGACUGGGAAUGCAACCAGCUCGUCAAAUACUGCACUCAAGGCUGGCCUCGUCGGGACAGGCUUCCGGAGCACCUCAAGAAGUACUGGAGCCAUCGAGGUGAUCUCUCCUUGUGCAACGGCAUCCUGCUAAAAGGUAAUCGCUUUGUCAUCCCAGCUUUGCUGCAAAAGGAUACACUCGAACUUAUCCAUGAAGGCCACCAGGGAAUUGACCGAUGCCGACUAAGGGCGAAGGAUUCCGUGUGGUGGUAUGGACUUUCGCAGCAAAUACGUGAUAGAGUCACUCGCUGCAGACAGUGUGCAGUCACAAGAGUGCAAAGGAGAGAGCCUUUGGUCGUUACGAAUACUCCAGAACAACCAUGGCAAGAAGUAGGAAUGGACUUGUUUAGUUACAAGGGACACAACUAUCUACUAGUAGUUGAUUAUCGUUCUCGAUACCCUGAAGUCACAUACCUGCGAAGCACGAACUCUGAGGCGGUCAUCAAUGCAGUCAAAAGCAUUUUUGCUCGUUUUGGCAUUCCCGCCGUAGUACGAAGUGAUAAUGGACCGCAAUUCGCUUCACGAGCCUUUGCAGCUUUUGCGAAGUACUACGGCUUCGAACACAUCACCUCAAGUCCAAACUACCCGCAGUCAAAUGGGGAAGUGGAAAGGAUGGUGCGUACGAUCAAAGAGUUGUUUGCGAAAGCCGACGAUCCCUUUUUGGCUCUUCUGUCGUACAGAGACACGGCGGGCGUCACAGGGUUCAGCCCAGCGCAGCUACUGUUGGGUCGCAGAUUGCGAACCAGGCUUCCCAAGACAGUAGACCGCCUGGAACCGAAGUGGCCUGCGCCAGACGAUGUGAAGUGCCAAGACGAAGAGGUGAGAGGGCGGCAGAAGAAAGACUUCGAUCGCCGUCAUGCUGCAACCGUACUUCCUCCGCUGCAACCGGGUGAUACAGUGUGGGUACGAGAUAUCAAGGAUACCGCGUCUGUUCUCAGCCCAGCCUCCAAGCCCCGCUCCUACGUCGUCGAAACACCCAACGCUGUGCUUGUGCGUAAUAGGAUACAUCUAGUGCCAUUUUCAGACACAACGAUGAGCCAGCUCAACGAGCCAACUCGGAGUGAAAACCGUGAGGAGCACGAAGAGCAGACCACGGCAACAGACGCCACGGCAACAGCAACACCGCAAGUUUCCAAAGAUUGUGGAGUGAGAGUCACCAGGUUUGGUCGUCGUGUCAAGACGCCGAGAAGACUUGACUUGUGAAAUGUUUGGUGUUUGUGAGCAUAUCUCGGGGGAGAGAUGUAGAGGGCGCUACGCGCCAUGCGUUCUAUAUAUGUGGUUGUGGAAUAAAGGUUCAUGCAUUCGUUCGGUCAA